UGCCCCAUCGUUGGUGUCAGUGGGGGGAGGAAUAGUGCCCCAUCGUUGGUGUCAGUGGGGGGAGGAAUAGUGCCCCAUCGUUGGUGUCAGUGGGGGGGGAAUAGUGCCCCA